AGCCGGAAACCACAACUCUUAUUUCCGGUCGCGGGGCAGGGUGGAACACGGAGGCGGGGACAGCCUCAUUCUGAGACGAGAGGCUCCGCCUAUGUUGGAGCCCGGGCCGUCUGCGCGCGCAGUUAUCGAGCGGGGCGUGGUGGACCUCGCGGCUUACGUGUCCUUCGGCCUACGCUGACGUAGCACAGCACCCUGACGUCACCUUUCCCUGUGUGACGUGAUGCAGAGCCUGGGCCUUAGGCCUCUUUGUCCCUCCUGACCUGGGUGUACCGGCAGGAUGGCCUCGCCCCUUAGGGGCAAGUCCUCUGCCCCGCGAGUGGAAAGCACCCGCCACAAGGAGACUGUCCUCGUGGAGACGUCGUCCCACCGCGAGGAAACAUCAUCCCACCGCGUGGAGAUUUCCUCCCGGCAGGUUCGAACGUCUUCCCGGCAGGUGGAGACGUCUCUGCGCCACCGAGAGGGGCCCUCCCUCACCCCCUCCACGAAGCGACUCCCCGGAUUCCUCGAGGUGUCCUCCCAGCACGUGGAAACCUCCUCGCAGAGCAGGGAAACGUCCUCCAGCCACGUCAGGGCGUCGUCAUCUCUGCGGGUGGAGACGACUGUGCACCGUGUAGAAAGCCCAGCCAGGUGGGACAAGAAAGCUGCUCGCCAGAGUGCCAAAAUGGCCCGAUGAAAGUGGUGCCCAAGGGCCCUGACCCUUAGCCAGGACCGAAGGGCUUCCAGUUGCCCGCCAGCCAGCUUCCAGGAGAGCCAAGCAUCUUUGGUUUCAUGGAAUCAGCCCAUAAAUCAAUGUAAGAAACAGACUGUGGUUUCGGGGCGCUGCCAACAUGUAUUGACUUUGCAGCACCUUAGACCACCCUGCUAUUGACCCAGAGUACUAUUUAACUUGAAGCCAGCACAGAAGGGUUUCAGACUUGCGGUACUGCAUAUACCCGGCCGGUGGACGUAGAGGCUCUUUGAGUCUCUGCACCAGUAGUAUCUGGAAGACUGGCUGAAUGUGACCUGGAAAAGCCAGACACCUGACUUCUAUCUAGAUCACUGAUGCUUCAGGAAAGGCACAGGAUCCUGCUAGAUUCUCUUGUUGUCGUCUCUUAAAAGAAAUUUUUAUCUAGGUUUCUUCUUCCACGUUCCACUUAUUCAUGUUUCAAAGCUGGAAUGGAAAGAGAGAUGCAUAGAGCAAGAAGGUGCCAAAGAAGUAAUAGAUAUGAUAAGUCCAUAUUUGCCAUAAUACUAUAUUAUACAUUCCACAACUUCAAAAUGACACCGUGUGUUGAAGGUAAUUGUUAAUGUACCUGUUGUACUUUGUAAAUGCAUGUUAGUGUUAGCCAUGCUGUGUGUCGUCUUCACAUUGUUCUCUACAGGAAAUAGUGCUGCUGUACCUGGCACAUGUCAUACAACGUUAAAGACAAUAAGUAACAAUAAUGAACGAAGAGCAGUGGUCUCCAUUUGCAGUCAAGAAAGCCUUUCAUGGCACAAUCUUAAAAUUGGGUUUAUUAUGCUAGGUAAUAGUUGUGUACAACUUGCCUUCAGUUGUACCAGUCAGGUUAGUUUGAAAAACUAAAUAAAUGCAAAUUCUUGGAAAGAGGUCUUCAGAAUAUUUAGAAAUUGGAGGGGGGGGGAAUUAUUCCUUCAAAUGUUCUUUUCAGCCUCUCUGUGGACAUAAAUCGCAGGUCUAAUAAGCAGUGUGAAGCUGACCCAUACCUCAUCAAUGCUCAGUUUUUUCUCUCCACAUUUCACUGGAUACUUUGUAUCGCAUUUGUUUUCCUGUUUAUCCUAGUCUUUUUUCUGGCAACAUUCUAUCUAUCCUAAAUGCCAUCCAGUGUGAUAUUUAAAUAUUUUUUAAAAUUUCAUUUACAGUUUUUAUCUCUAAUAGUUCAAUGUGGGUCUUUUAAAUUACCUUCCAAACAUAAAUAAUUUUCUCUACACAUUCCUUUUUUUAUGUUCUUGGCAUGUUUGGCCUGCCCUGUCGUUACUCAGAUAUAUACAGUUUUGUUUUUUACGUAUCCUCAUUUAGUUCUGCCAUCUGUAUAAUCUCUGGGACAGUGUCUAUUGAUAGAUUUUUCUCCUCAUUAUAAGUUAUAGUUUGUGGUUGUCACUUUUCAUGUCUGGUUAUUUUUAUUUGUAUGCCAGGCAUAGUAAAUUUUAAUUUUAUUGAGUGUUCUAUAGUUUUCCUAUUCUUACAGUUCUUGAACUUUGGUCUAGUCAUUUGAAAGUUAUUAACAAGCUGUUGUUGUUUGUAUCUACUUUUAAGCUGUUUUGUGAGUUCUUGAUUUGAUGAAUGGUUAAUGUUCUCUGAGGCAAAAACUUUGUGUCUCUGUAUAUCCCCAAUUUAGGAGAUUUUCUUCUCUGGCUUGGGGGAACAAUCCCUGUUCUCGGUGCAGGUGAGCUGGAGUUUCCUUCCCUCGAGCAAUUUCCUUAGACAUGCGAUGAUCAGUACUCGGGUUGAUUUCUUCAACUAUUCCAGGCCAGAGGGAAGCCUGUUACUCCACUCUGCCUGGAAUCCUCUUUCUUAUUAAAUACAGAUUUUGCUGAAGUUUAAUGUUACCAUUUCAUUUCUAGGCAGCAGAAAAUUCAGGUGGGAUUGCUAACAAGUGGUUAGGGUAUCAUAGCCCAGGGAUGGAGCGCAUCAGUCUCUGAGAUGGACACAAUGGCUAUAUUGACCUGCUCUCUCUUUCAUUUUCAAAACAGAACGACACUUUGUAGCCCAAGCAGACCUUGAACCUUGGUAUUCUGUUUCCACCAUCUGAGUGCUGGGAUUACAUGUAUGUGCCGCCUUGCCUAGUUCGUUGUGUCUCUGAGAGGAGAUGGCAAUAACAUUUUUCUUGUGAGAAAUGGUUACAUUGUUAUAAGUAGAAAAAGAUUAGGAGGGUAUGAGAUUUUAAAUAUAAAUGCUUUAUUAUUACUAUCAGUUGUACCAGUUAAGAGUUUACUCUUGGCUGCAAAUCCAGGCAAAUUUCUUCUUUACCUGUGAUUUUUGCUAUUCUGCCACAAGGGGGCGCUGUAAGAUGCAUUCCCUCUAGAGGACCAGGGACACUUCCUGCCUGGGGCCCUCACAGUGCCUCUGUAGGCUUCCUGUGAAGUCCCUGAAACCAGCCACACUGAACCCUGGCAGUUGCAGUGCCAUUCCCUUAGCGGCAGCUGAAUAUAAUUUAAUGAAAAGUAGAAAAUUUUUCCGUGCUCCCCUAUCCAGCCUUCUUUUAUCCCAAUCAUCCUGUUUCCCCAAGUUCCCCCCA